ACCCGACCGUCCCGACCCCGACGCGCGGCCAAGUGCUUCCACGCGGAUUCACGUCGCCCGAUUCCCACGUUCGUCAUUCCGCGCGACGACGUAACCCUACCUCGUGCCGUCGCAUCGUCCGUCUCUCGGGGAUCCCGCGAACGAGCCCCAGGGAGGAACGUCGCAGCGGCCGAUUCCCACGCGGAUGCCUGCGAUGCGAUUCGACGUCGGUCGCGCGACUGGACGACGCUGAGAAACGGACCCGCCAGCUCGCUGGUCGAGUGAGAUUCCAGCCUGUAAAACGUCACGCGCGAAACGACGAGCGGAAUCGUUACGGUCGUUCGGACGAGGAAUCCGAAGGAAAUAUCAGUGCGGGGGGAUUUCCGACGGUGUCCGUUUGCAAAUAACACUGGGCUACAUGGUAAGGAUGAACAGAAAGGCCAACAGUGCGACGGCCAGAUUGAAACAGGACUAUCUGCGCCUGAAGAGAGAUCCAGUGCCGUAUGUUCUUGCGGAGCCAGUGCCUUCUAACAUCUUGGAAUGGCAUUACGUGGUUAUCGGGCCGGAAAAGACGCCUUACGAGGGUGGCUUUUAUCAUGGAAGGCUCAUAUUUCCAGGAGAGUUUCCGUUUCAACCUCCUAGCAUUUACAUGACCACUCCCAACGGCCGAUUUAAAGUCAAUACGAGACUGUGUCUGUCCAUUUCUGAUUUUCAUCCAGAUACGUGGAAUCCAGCGUGGAGCGUAUCUACCAUUCUCACUGGCUUGCUCAGCUUUAUGAUUGAGAAGAGUCCCACGCUCGGCAGUAUUAAUACGACGGAUUAUGAGAAGAGACAGCUGGCCGCGCAGAGCUUGGAAUAUAAUCUGAGGGACAAGAUGUUCUGCGAACUUUUUCCAGAAACUGUUGAGACGAUCAGAGCGGAGCUGGAACGUCGGAAAGAACUUGAGAAGCAAGCGAGGCAUCAGUCCACCGCGUCCGAGGUCUCUAUGUUGAUACGAGAUCAGUUCCAGAGGGAACAGAGCCCGCUGCACAGCGCGCUGGCCAAUCUCGUUGUCAUCAUCAGCUUCGCAGCGUUCUUGUACACGGUGAAUUACGUAUUGAAGAGCAUAGCCACGGAAUAAGUCGGAAUCGGACUGUGUGUUUCAAGCUACAACGAGUACGAGUGAAAGGGAGAGGGAGCCGUGACGAUGCGUACAUCCUGGAAGAAAAGGAUUAUGAGACAUGGGCUCCUGUUGGACUUGCCUAUCGAUCAAUCUUUCGAAUUCGUGCCGACGAGCGCCAUUCGGUUCCACGCGGCUCGGAACCUUCGCCAGUAAACUGUGGAUAGUUUCAUAGAUUUUUAUAUCGAGGGUCGAUUGUAAGAUACAAGUUGUAUUAUACUCUACGCGCUCUAGCCAUUAAGGAGAAGACGUACGAUUCGUAAUCUCUCUCUCGAUUCGCACAAGACACGUGCGAUCAAGAUGAAACGACGUGUAAUCGCAGUGGCUUCCCUGCCUUUCUUCUCAUAUCGGAGUUAGUCUCUUCUGGCGUAACUUGUAACUAAGGGAAUCAAGUUUCUUCUUUUCGGUGCUGACAUCCUUCCUUUCAAUGAUUUUCUACGCUUUUACGAUUGAUUGUAUUAAAAUGCGUCCAGAGAAAUAUGAGAAAUAUUUCAAUACAUUUGUCUAGCUCCGUUUACACAGAAUCUCUCGGAUAGAAAUGCACAAAUUUACUGCACGUGCCAAUGAAAUUAAACCAAAAUUGAAAUUUCGGCAAAUCCAAUGCUUCGCAGCUUGACUCGUUCCGUUUAUGGAAUGGGUCUAUUUUGUAAAUAUAUUAUAAGGACGGAGGCGUCAUAGAGAUAUGGUAGGUGCCUCUACGCCAACAACACAAAAAACGAGUGUAACUAUUAUCUAUUGCGUCAGUGAUUAUCUCGGCUUCUUAAAAAUUUUGCGAUUGAUAUGUUUCUUGUUUGUUCCGGUUAAAAUGGCUCGUAGUAUCAUUGCUUCGUGAAUUUCUUCCAGUUAGCAUUUCUUCCUUAAUUGACACGAAAAGAAUACGUUUACAAUUCAAGUAAAUCGUCGCUCUUCCAUGACUGACUAUGUAAUAUCGAAAGAAAAGUAAUAAUUUUGCGUAAUUUGUAAAAAAAAAAGCUAAACUAUAUUUUAUUCGAACAUAUUGAAAGUAGAAUAAGUAUAUAUUUUUUCUUCUUUUUUACGAUACAUCGAUAAUCUCUACCAAUAAUAUUUUUGUCAAAUGGUAGGAUGGUUGAUGUUACUUUUUAUCUGAAUUUACUUUACUACUGUAUGUCUAUCGAUCUAAUUUCUACGGGCCACGGAUUUUCAAUUUUAUUAUAUCUUCUUUCAAAAGUGAUAAGGCAAUUUCACGAUUAUGCUUAUACAUACUCUAUUCUGCCGUCGUAUAUGUAUAAACAUAUAUGCGUAUCGUAAUUAUUAAAUAAUUACGGCGAAGUAAUGUAAAUACCUAGAUGUUAUUAUUGUAAGCGUGUGGAAUAUAGUUUACUUACCUGAAAAAUA